CAGCUUGUGGUGAGAGACGGUAUUGUUUGUGCGCGCUGGGCUUCCGUAGUUCUGAAGCUGAGUCGCUCCCUCCUACUCACUGCAGGCAGUUGGAUAGACUGGGACUAGGAAUCAAUGCGCCCUGCGAGCGGCGGGGGAGACAGUGAGACCGGCAGGUACGUGUCACAGAACUGGAAGCGAGUGGAUCCGCCUGAUAUUAAGUGCAGCGCGCCGUGUAAAUGUAUUUACCUGUUGGACUACAUCUCCCAGGAGCCACUGUUGGAGUAUGUGAAGCAACUGGAGAGCCGCACAGAGAGAUCUGACAGCAGAUGUGUGUGUGGGACUGACUGAUACUGGUGUGAGUUCUAUGUUGCUCCUGUGAAAUUUGACAGCGGAUCACCCCCUUCCCCUCCUCCUCACCUCCCCUUCUAUUUGGAAACAAAAGCCUUGCAGCAUGGGAAGUGACACUUGCUCCCAGACAUGCUGACAGUCGGAGGAACUUGGAACCUGGGCCAUGCACAACCAAGUGGUACCAGAGGUCCAGUUUUACUUUAGCACGCUUGCAUGGACAGAAGGGCCUUUUAUAUUGUGCUUUUUAGCAGAAGAGACGGAUUAGUGCACCUGAAGUAUGGCAACUAUAGAAAGUGGAGCGACUAUCACCAGCCGCCUGAAAAACCUGCUGCGCUCUCCAUCCAUCAAGCUGAGAAGACACAAGGCUGGGGCCAAGAAAGAAGACAUAAGCACCAAGGUGACUUUAGAGAAGGUUCUUGGUAUCACUGUGUCAGCUGGAAGAGGACUAUCAUGCGACCCAAAAACUGGCCUUGUUGCAUAUCCAGCUGGGUGUGUUGUCGUUUUGUUGAAUCCUCGGAAGAACAAACAGCAGCAUAUCCUGAAUAGCUCCAGAAAAACCAUCACCGCUCUUGCCUUUUCUCCGGAUGGGAAGUUCUUGGUCACAGGAGAGAGUGGGCACAUGCCUGCAGUUCGGGUAUGGGACGUGGCUGAGCGCACCCAGGUAGCCGAACUCCAGGAGCAUAAAUAUGGUGUGGCCUGUGUGGCCUUCUCUCCCACCUCCAAAUACAUUGUAUCAGUUGGCUACCAGCAUGAUAUGAUUGUCAACGUGUGGUCAUGGAAGAAAAAUGUAGUUGUGGCAGCAAACAAAGUUUCCAGCAAGGUGACAGCGGUCUCGUUUUCUGAAGAUAGCAGCUACUUUGUUACUGCUGGCAAUCGGCAUGUCAAAUUCUGGUACCUCGAUGAAGCAAAGUCCUCCAAGGUGAACUCAACCAUUCCCCUGCUAGGUCGAUCAGGCUUAUUGGGCGAGCUCAGGAAUAAUUUCUUCACUGACGUGGCAUGUGGAAAGGGCAAGAAAUCAAACAGCACUUUCUGUAUUACUUCCUCAGGGCUUUUGUGUGAAUUUAAUGACCAGAGGUUGCUGGACAGAUGGGUGGAGCUCCGGACAACUGUGGCAAACUGCCUCCUGGUGAACCAUGACAAUAUCUUCUGUGGCUGUGCUGAUGGCACCGUACGGAUCUUUAACCCCAGCAACUUGCACUUUCUCAGCACUAUGCCAAAACCCCACUGCCUUGGCGUGGACAUUUCUACAGUUACCGAGGCCAGUCGACUAUUCUCUAGUGCUGCUGAGGCGAAGUACCCCGAUACCAUUGCUAUGACCUUCGACCCCACCAACCAGUGGCUCUCCUGCGUGUACAAUGAUCACAGCCUUUAUGUUUGGGAUGUCAAGGACCUCAAGAAAGGGGGGAAGGUUUACUCAUCAUUGUACCAUUCCUCAUGUGUGUGGAGUAUUGAGAUCUACCCAGAGAUUAAAGAUAGCAACCAGGCCUGCCUUCCACCCAACUCCUUCAUCACGUGCUCCUCAGACAGUACAGUACGUCUAUGGAACAUGGAGACUUCUAACAUACAUGGCACUGCCUUGCAUCGGAAUAUCUUAAGUAAUGACUUGAUGAAAAUUAUGCUGGUUGAUGAUAACACCCAGGCCUUACUGGACACAGAGUACAACUCCGCUGGUCUAGGGGACAAGGUAGAUCACCAAGCUCUGGAUACCAAAGUUGGCAUACGCUCUGUGUGUGUGAGUCCAAAUGGGCAGCAUUUGGCAUCUGGCGACCGAACUGGGACACUCAGGGUCCAUGAACUGCAAAACAUGACAGAACUGCUCAAAGUAGAAGCUCAUGAUUCUGAGAUCCUUUGUUUAGAGUAUUCCAAGGCAGAUACAGGGCUUAGUCUGUUGGCUUCUGCCAGCCGGGACAGACUCAUCCACGUGUUGGAUGCCACUAAGGAUUACAGCCUUCAGCAGACAUUGGACGAUCACUCUUCUUCCAUCACUGCCGUGAAGUUUGCUGCAAAUGAUGGAAAAGUUCAGAUGAUCAGCUGUGGCGCAGAUAAGAGCAUCUACUUCCGCACUGCUGACAAGGUAGGGGACGCGGCAGUUCACUUUACUCGUACUCAUCAUAUUGUACAGAAAACCACUCUGUAUGACAUGGAUGUUGAUCCUAGCCUGAAAUAUGCUGCCAUAGGCUGUCAAGACCGUAAUAUAAGGAUCUUUAACAUUAGCAGCGGAAAGCAAAAAAAGUUGUACAAAGGAUCACAAAGUGAAGAUGGGACCUUAAUUAAAGUUCAAACAGACCCUUCAGGAUUGUAUAUUGCCACAAGCUGCUCAGACAAGAACUUGUCCGUCUUUGAUUUCUACUCUGGCGAGUGUGUGGCCACCAUGUUUGGGCACUCAGAGGUUGUAACGGGGAUGAAGUUUACCAAUGACUGCAAACACUUGAUAUCUGUGUCCGGAGACAGCUGCAUUUUCAUCUGGAGGCUAAGCUCAGAGAUGACCAUUAAUAUGCGCCAGAGAUUGGCUGAAGUCAGACAGCGUAGCAAGCAAGUGGAGAUGUCUGCACCGCACAAAACUCCGAAUGCAAGGCGAGAGACCAUUGCUGUUAUGUCUACUGCCCCUGCAAUGUCAUCAGACAGUGACAAAGAAGGGGUUGAAGAUGGAAGUGAUGAGGAUAUGGCAGGGUCUGAUAAGACUUCCAGUGCCUCCAGUUCUUUUGGGAGAAGCAGUUCUUAUUGGGAUAUGACAAGGGGUACAAAGAAAUCUUCAGAAAGAUGCGACGGCCUAAGUAAGAUGCCCAGACAACGUGUUCGUUGGUCCCAACCUGCUGGUAACAUUGAGAUGACUGUUAAGUCCAUGCUUGAUCUAAGACAACUGGAUUCCUUUGCCCCGUGUGAUGACAUUAUUGGCUUCCAGCCUACCAAGGGGCUGGGAAUGGAGUUUGUGGACUCAAAUAAUUCAAGCAACCAGUCACCUUUUGGUCCCAUAGGCAGUCGGUCUCGCCCUAGAGUUAUCCGUCUUAUGUCCUGUGAGGAAACCGUGUUCAAGCCUGAUGUGGAGACACCAGAAGGCAAAGAAUGUACCAUCUACCCUGAAUUGGAGGAGGACGAGUCUUUGGAAAGAUGCGGUGAAUUUGAGGUGAAAGGUUUGCCACUCAGGAGUUACCAUGACAAUGUUUGUCAAGAGAAGCACAGCCCUGACAGUGCCUGUUCUGUGGAUUAUAGUAGUCGCCUGUCUAGCCCUGAGCACCCCAAUGAAGAUUCUGAAAGCACAGAGCCCUUAAGUGUAGAUGCAAAUUCUUCUGAUCUGGAAGAACAGGUUGAAGCUGAUGAGCUGGAGCCAAACAGCCCUGUGAUGGACGAGGAGGUCCCACAGACACCAGACCAGGAGAAGUUCCUUAAGCAGAACUUUGGAAACCUCACUGCUGGCAAGCUUCCAGAUGGACCUCUGCUAACCUCAGAGAGGAAUGACUUCUCCAGCAUAACCUCCCGCUUCCUCGCUCAGCCACCAGCACUUAGCAAAGAUCAACCUGUUGAAUCCUCAGAGUCCAGCCCUGCAUUCAUUCAGCCUUCACAAGAGCAUCCCUCGCUGAUUAGUGGAACGGUGGACAAUCAACCCAAAGGUGUAAUUAUGAUGAAUCAAGAUUUUGCCAGCCCUCAAAAUCUUUGCGUUCAAAAGAAGGGAAAGCACCUCCAAGAAUAUGGGCCUAUAUGUAAAGAUGGGCCUUUUCCCUCCGUGAUGCAAAUACGGAAAUCGCAGUCAGUCCACGAUCUUGUACAUGAAGGUGAUAAAACAGAAGCCGAUGGCAUUAUGGUGAAAAUGCGCUCCCAAGUGCAGACUGCAGCCCAAAGAGAAGAGAAGGCCAUUCGCCGACGAACAAUGCCAUCCAUCCUAAUAAAAGGGGAAAAUGUUGCCCCUGGUACGCCCCAAGCAAAGGAUGGCAAAUCAGCUAAAGGAAGAUCCUACAUGAAUCCAACCACAAGCUCCAUGGCUAAAAUUUCUCGGAGUAUGUCGGUGGGAGAAAAUCUAAAUAUUGUUGACAAUCAGGACACUUCAUCGAGUUCAGAUAGAAAAGGCUAUCGUGAACCUGAGAUAGGGGUUGUCACCAGUUUUGAAGAGACGGAGAAAAACAGUCAAACUGCUAAGGAGACUGUCAUCAUUAAACCACAUUUGAAGCCUGUCUCGAACUGUUCCUCAACGAAGACUUUUCAGACCAAGAAUCGAGCGCACCUCACUCUAGAUAUUGGUAAACCACUGCCAGAUCGACCCCUUCUGUCCUUUAAUAAAGGCAAAGGGUCACUGGAGAUGGAGUCUCCGAGAUCACCAGCAAGUGGCUGCAAAGUCAAAAAUUCCUUCGCAGAGUUAACUUGUAGAAAUGAGAACCAGACUUCUUCUGCUUUAGAAAAAAUCAGUCCAUCAGAGGAUUAUGGCUACAGUAAAAGCCAAGGAAAUGUCAAGGCAAACUCCAAGCCAAAUAUAUCUCAAGAACGAGUAGAGUUAUUUUCUGACACGUUGAAACCCAUUCAUAGAGGCAGAGCGUCUACCAUUAGCCAUACUCCAGACCAUCACUCAGGGCUUUUUCCUGAACCCAUGAGACCUAGAUCUCCAUCUCUUAAUGAAGCACAAACACAUAAUUCAGCAUCGUCUGUGAGUUUUGAGCAGUGUGAACUAAUUGCUUCGGAGCUGCAGGACAGUCUCCAAAAGGCUCUUAGUUUGUACCGAACUGUGACCACUGCUGAUCCUUCGACUAACCUGGAGCGCUGCAAGAUUGCAAGUCUGUUGACUGAAACAUUUGGUUUGGUGAAGCAAGAGCUUGAUUUCUUGAAAGAAGGAAAUAGCAGCCCUGGAACAGCAUUGACACCCCAGGAUGAGGCUGUCUCUGACUUCCCAGCACUCUGCUUACCUGAAGAACAAGGGGCACGGGGCCUGGGAGAUGACAAAACACUCGCUCUUCUCCAGCAAUACUCUGAACUCUUACUUCAAGCUGUGGAAAAGAAGAUGAACAAGAAGCUCUGAGCAGGAGCAACAAGUCCUCUGACUGGACAUUUCUGCUGGUUCCCUUGUGAUCCAAAGCUUACUCUUGACUAAAUCAAACACUAAUCCUGGUGUCCAUGGCUAGAAGUCCAUGUUGAUGAUUUUAUUCUGUUACAGCAAUCUCUUCAAACCAGCAGCACUUGCCGCCUAACUGGCCCUGCUUCGGUCAGGACUGGAACCUGGUACCGCAGAUGCACAGAACACUUUUUUUACUCUGUGAUCCUAUUAACAAAGCAUUUAUCUAGUGUUUUUUAUUUGUUGCUAUGUAUUUUUAAAUUAUUGAUUUAACUUUAACUGUUUCAGUGUUGGCUAUCUCCGCUUUUUUUUCCCCUGGAGAGGCCAUCCAUUCAUUUUCACAAGCACACUCACUGUUGGUAGUGCCAGAUAUCCACAGCUUUGGCAGUGUAGGGUGUUUAAAGGAGAACUAAACCCCCGUUCAUCAAAAAUCCCCUUCCGUCCAUUGACCCCCUCAAUGCUUUCUCCCUCCUUCAUAACUCGGUGGAAAAAAUAUCCCUGUCAUGUACCUUGGCAUAAUUAUGCAGAGUAGCGCAGCGGAGCUCUUCAGCGCCAUCUUCUGUAUCUUCAGAUUUUCCUUCGGCAAUCUUUGAAGCUUUCCGUUCACGCGCAGUAGACACGGCGCCAGCGCUCACUUCCGCGAGGAACCAGAAGAUACAGAAGAUGGCGCCGGAGAGCUCCGCU